AUGUUCAUGAGGGGAAUAGCCAAGAGCAAACAGAGUGUCAUAGGCAGAGACACAAUUUCCGUACUUCCUCCAGAAAUUAUUGAGCGAAUCCUAAUGCAUGUCGGAGUGGCUACGCUCCGUAUGGCCAUCCCUUUAGUGUGCCGUCGAUGGCAUGACAUUGUACAACCGCUCCUCAAGAGGUUAGUUCGCGUCAGGGCCAUCCCGCUAAGCGAUGCGAUAGCAAGGUCAGAAAGAAAAAAAGUAAAGUUCAUUAGCAGUGGGUACUUGGCAGCAAAGGAGUUGGAGCUGACACACCAACUACGGCUGGCCCAUACUCUUGUAUACGAAGCAGGAGCCUCCCCGAAUUCCAGCUUGCUGAGCGCGCCUGGCACUGAGGGACAUAGAGCCUGGUCUAUCCUUAAGAAGACCUUAAUCUCAAUAUCAACAUAUCGUCCCCAAGACCUUAAGAUUCGUCAGCUUAUCCUUAAUGCUGAGCUCAAGCCCAGUGUCUGGGACCAAUUGCUACCACUCCUGGAGCUUGUCGGUCAUGAGCUUGUCCAUUUACGUCUAGAGAAUUUCCCAGCCAAAACGGUUGUUCCUGUCGCUUCAAUCAUGAAAUAUUGUUCGAAUCUCAGGUUCCUCCAUUUAUCGACACGUGCGUAUGAACCUGGAUGUGGCGCUGCUAAGUUGGGAAAGAUAGAGGUUUUGACGGACAAAAGUGCCAUUAAAUCUAACUGGUUCCUGCGGUCGAUCACCUUCGAUGGCCUCACUUUGACGCAGGCUGCACUGGAGGCCCUGUUACAAAGGUGUCCCAACUUGGUAGAAUUAAAGAUUAUCCGCUUCCGGCCUUACUUACCUGGAGUCAUCUCUGCUGACAAGCCGGAAAACUUUCUUUUCUAUCAAGAAGAAAGAGAAAAAUUCUUUAGCAACCUAGCACAGUACUGUCCAAAGCUUACGAGCCUACAUGUAUCAGAAUCUCCAGACACAAGGUAUGGCAGGUUUGGGGAAGUGGCCCCAAUCCCUCAGUUCCCUUCGGUCGAGCAGUGGGGGUUUUCGACAUUGAGUAUGGCCAGAGCACCAUCCCUAUCUGCUUGCAUGCUUCUAGAUCAUCACAGAGUAGAGAAUCGAUUGUCCAGUGUAGAGAUCCAUUUAGCUAGGUGCGGUCAUAUUAUUCUGACCGACCGUGAUAUGGAUAAAUGGAUUCAUCGACUCCUGUGUGAAAGCCCUCUUCUGGAACAUUUCAAGGCGCCUGACAUCGGUCUCACUUUGCACACGCUUUAUGUAACCAAGAAGCUGCGUAAUAAACCACAUCGUAGCUCCGAGUUUGGUCAAGACCAAUUUGCCUGGCCUGUUCCUCAACAGAUAUGGGCAUGUCGAAGGCUCAAGACACUUCAUGUCAAAUUCAACGAGUCAUAUAACACAGGUAUGCAAGACGCGCAAGAACAAGAACGCGUGCUUUAUGGGUAUAUCAGCCGUGUCUGCCCAAAUCUAGAAGAUUUGCUCAUUAAAACGGAUGCAGUCCUGUACCGCGCUCGAUCCCCUGUCAACAUGUGCUUAUUAUCUCGGUUAACACAACUAAGGAGGUUAACACUUGUUGAAGUCCCGUAUAUGUGUGAAAAAGAUCUGGAUUGGAUGAAGGAGCGUUACUAUUAUGAUACACAGAAGCAGCUGAGGUUGAAGCUAGAAUGGGUGUUGAGGAACGACCAGCGGCAUCGCACUAUCAAGUCCCUGGAGAAAUGGUGGAGAGCUUUACGUAUCAAGAAGUCGCCCUUUUGCAUCGAAGAGAGCACCAGCAUGGCAGAGCAAGCUCUUGAGGCUCCAGUAAAUACUAACGUUUUUGUUGCAGGGAUGAAGAGUGAACCAAAGGAGCAGAGAGAGGGAAUUAGUGGUGUGGAUGUGACGCAUCUCGGCCAACUGCAGGACGUGCUUAACUAUUUCCAGUAUCGACGCUGUAAUCGUGACGAAAGCCUCUGGCCCAAACUAGAGACUAUAACUAUACGAUAUAUCGCUGAUAUCUCUUGGCAUGAUGGUAAAUGGAGAAGUUACGGAUUCUAUGCACAUCAAGCACGAGACACGAUCAAGAAGUUUCGGCCUGAGAUUAAUGUUAUUUGCAUUGGGAUGUCGAGAGACCAACUUAUUCUCUAA